CCGGUCCCGAGCCCAAAUUGACGCGUCAACUUUCUCGCUCCUACCCACUUGGCCGAAUCUAAGACUUGGGCAACUGGCGAUUCGAAUUGCGGCGACGCGCCGGCGCAUUUUCCCUACACCACCCUUACACCGACUGCAGCGUAAAUCAUCCGUAAGACUCACGAACUACGCGAUUCAACUGCUGCUCCUCAAACCCGCAUACCCACCGCAUUCAAUGCGCCGACCACCCCGCCACCAUCCAUGACUACUCUCGUACGGACCCGCCAGCCGCUACAAGUCUUGAGCAUGAGCAACCAGUCAGGGCGACGGUCCAGCGCACGCCUCGCCGGUACGUCGUCGCUGCCCCUCCUGCCGUCGCGGCCGUUGCCGAGCAACCAGGAACCUGAGCCGCACGUCGCUGCGACCAAGGGGGCCAAGGGAAGGAAGCGCAAGGAUGCCGAUGCUGACCUGCCCGCCUCCGCAGCCGCAGCCGUCUACGACGAGCAAGAUGGCGAUUUCUUGUUCAAGCGUGUGUCGAAGCGGCCCAAGAUCGCCCCGGUGCCUGAGGUGGCGGAGGAGGAGCUUGAGGACGUGCCAACGCCGGCUCCGGCUUCGGUGAAGAAGAGCGUGGGCAGACCGCCCAAAGCAGGGACGAAACGACGCGCUUCGCCACCGGCACCAGCACCUGCACCAGCACCGGCGCCAACGCAGUCACGGUCAUCCGCAGCGCUGACCAAGAGGAGGGGGGCAAAGAGGAAAUCGAGCUUGGACAAUGCGCCACCACCAGGGGAGGAAUUAGUCGUGCCCAGGUCCAAGACACGGAGGAAAGCUUUUGAACCAAAGACAGGCAAGAGGCCAGAAAGAGGCGGCCAAGCGCCACAAGUGAAUGGGAUACACCAGGGAGGGACGGAGGAGGAGGAGGAGGAGGAGAAGCAGGGGUGCGACAAUGCGGACUACCAGCAGGAGACCACGCCCAGCGGACUCACGCAACCACAAUCCCAGAUGAUCGCUCUCCCCUUCAGCGACACGCCCAUCAUCAACCGCAAUAAGGAAUUCCGCAAGAAGGGCGCGGCCAGCGGCAGCCGGCGGAGCAGUCUGGGAAUACGCGGGCGGCGGGCCAGCUCGCUGAUCGACAACGGGCACAGCGCGUUGCCGCAUCGUGAGGUCGACCCGUCCGAGUUCUACAAGUACAUCGCGGCCGAGGGGCUGAGCGAGCCCAGGAGGAUGAAGCAGCUGCUGAUUUGGUGCGGCGAGCGGGCGCUGAGCGAGAAACCGCCGCAUGGGAGCCAUGGGUCGAGUGCAGUGCUGGGAGCACGCGCGAUACAAGACCAGCUCCUCAAGGACUUUAGCGCACGAUCCGAGUUCUCAGACUGGUUUGCGCGAGAAGACGCACCCAAACCGCCCAUCCCAGUGGUGCUGCAGCCAAACCCGCGAAACGUCGACUACGACGCCAAAAUCGCCGAGCUUGAAGCCAAGAUCGAGAGACUAAAAGCCCAAAAAUCCGCCUGGCAAUCCAUCGCUGCCCCGCUGCCCACCAUCUCCCCCCUAUACCCGCCCGCGUCUUCCUCCUUCUCCUCAUCCCAAGGAGCCGACGACAACAACUACCCAGACCCACGAAAAUUCCCGCUCCCCGACGCCACCCUCCUCUCGCGCUCGGAAUCCGCCAUCUUAGCCUCCCUCACCAACCCGGAAAGCGCCUUCGGCUCCUUCAAGCGGCAGAUGCGGUCGCGGCUGCAGAACGCGCAGGCGUCGCUCGAGUUCAAGGUCGACCAGCUCGCCGACAGCGUGCACAAGCUCGACAUGCGGGUCGUCACGGCCGGGCGGGAGGCAGAUGCCGUUCUGGGCCUGACUGCUGCCCGGCUGCGGCAGCGGGAGGAGAGGGAGCGGAGGGCGGUCGGGGCUGCUGGGUUGAGUGUAAUGGAGGUGUUGAGGAGUUUGGGGAGGAUUUUGCCGCCUGAGGGGGGUUGAGAAUCUGACUUUUUUUUUGGUUUCUGUUCAGCUUCGCGGAACGGAGUAGAUGGCUUGGUUGGGUGGUAGGGACGACGUGAUGAUUACUGGGCUGUUUUUCCGUGUUGUG